CUCCGCAUUGUAGCGGCAUCUGCCCUUCCAUUUCAACUUUGCAAUCUGAAGUAUUUCGACAAAAGGUCCGAGAUGUCGUAUGGCACCAUAGCCACCCCACCGUCGUCCCCAGGACGCUCAAGAGUAAACUUCCUACCACGCCUACCAUCUGCAGCUUCAGGCUCUGCGCAAGAUACGGACGAGGAAGCCAAUCAGCCAGGGUUAUGGAGCAAAAUAUCGCAGAGCUUGAAGUCAUUCUACAGUCGGAAUUUCGGGUUAUUCUUAGUUUUCUUGGCGCAGACAUGCGGAUCUGUCAUGAACACAGCGGCCAAACUGCUCGCGAAUGACCCAUCGAUCGAGUUCCACGCUUUGCAAAUCAUCUUCAUUCGCAUGUUAUGCACGACGAUCAUCUGCUCGAUUUACUCUUGGUACCACGCGGUGCCUGACUUUCCUUUUGGUCAGAAAGGCAUCAAGGGACUGCUUAUCCUGAGAGGUACUGCAGGGUUUGUCGGUCUAUUUGGACUGUAUUACUCUCUAUCUUGGCUUGAAUUCUCAGACGCUACAGUAAUAACUUUCCUAAUCCCAACUAUGACAGCCAUUGUAUGCUUCAUCUGGUUACACGAGCCAUUCACCUGGAAAGAAGCGCUUUGCAGCUUCGUCGCAUUCUGCGGCGUUCUCUUCGUCGCGAGACCACCAUGGCUCUUUCCCGCUUCUCACUUAAGGCCAAUAGCCGAUGACUCGGACGGGCAUGCACCAUUACCAUCAACUACUGCCGAACAACGCGCUCUGGCAAUCCUCAUCGCAAUUCUAGGCACGCUUGGCGCUUCGACAUCCUACGCAACUAUCCGAGUGAUCGGCAAGCGUGCCCACUCGCUCAUCUCGGUGAAUUACUUUUCUCUCAUUGCAACGAUCGCAUCGUUCGUGCUCAUCUUGGGCCACCCUUCGUUGCAUUUUGUCAUGCCCAAGACGCUUGGCCAGUGGGGAUUGAUCGCCAUAAUUGGGCUCUUUGGGUUUCUGUUGCAGUUUCUCUUGACGGAAGGCCUGCAGAGGGAAAAGGGAGGAAGAGCAACAAACUUGACCUAUCUACAACUUGUUUUCGCGCUUAUUGUCGAGAAGGUAAUCUGGGGAACUACCCCGCCUGCUGAGAGCUUGGUGGGAGCCGUGCUUAUAAUCGGAGCGGCGAUUGCGGUCAGUCUGCAGAGGUCGAGUGGGAAAAAUGAUAAGAAAGCUGAAGUUGUUGACGAAGAGAGGAGGUUACUGGAAGAUGAGAACUGAGCCAGAGCAGACUGGACAUGCGAGAGUGUAUUGCUAUCAUGUUCAUGCAUUUGUAUGCCAGCAAAUAUAUUCUACAGCUACACGUUAUAACACUGAACAUUUUCCUGUUGCUAGCUAUCCUUCAUGCGGCUACAUUCGGCUUCAUGACCGACUAACGCUGGAAAACAUUCUUGCGGCUAAUGCGACGCCUGUUCAGGCACGGGUGAUAAGGAUUUGGGCAAAACCACUCGUAUGGUACAUUAUGUCACGGUAGAUACAAUCUAAUGACAGAGCACUCUAUAGGAAGCAUUGGUGGAAGGAGAGAGGCAAACUUGCAGCAGUCUGAUCAGCGUCGCCGCUACACCUAUGCCAUGCGUCAGCUUCUCCUGACAGGCUCAUGACU